AUGGGGCCCCAGCAGGACCGGUCGGCGUCCAAGGCGCUCGCCAACGGCACGGCGGUGGCGCCCGAGAGGAAGGACGGCAAGGUGGUGCACUACAAGGAGUGCCAGCGCAACCACGCCGCCGGCAUCGGCGGCUACGCCGUGGACGGCUGCCGCGAGUUCAUGGCGUCCGCCCCCGCGGGCGCCGAGGCGCUCCUCUGCGCGGCGUGCGGCUGCCACCGCAGCUUCCACAAGCGCGAGGUGGAGGCCGUCGAGUGCGACUGCUCCUCCGACACCUCCGGCCGGUGA